AAGGUAAAAACCAUGAAAGUCAACACUUUUUGCAUUUCGAUUUACUUGUUAGAAGACAAGGAUGAUUAUAACUCUAAAUUCUCCGACCUUAUAAAUAUCGAACCGUUCUGAUUUGUUACUCGCCACUUGUUAGAGAUGGCUGUUUCUCCAGUUAGAUAUCGUUCCACCCUCGCAUGCUCCUUCUGCUGCCUUUUCUUUCUGGCACUUUGCUCCCCUCUCACCGCCGCCACAGAUUUCGCCGGUUCAGCGUGCCUCGGGGUCUCCCCGACCCAGUUCGCCGGCUCACUCACUCAAGUAAUCACCGCCAUCAAACAACUCGCGUCCAUUCUCUCACGCUUCUCCAUGCCAUUCGCCGAUUUCCGCCUCGCCACUGCCAUCGCCGACUGCCUCGACUUGUUCGACAUCUCCUCCGACGUUCUCUCCUGGGCCCUCUCCGCCUCUCAGAACCCCAAAGGGAAGCAUAACAGCACGGGGAACCUGAGCUCCGAUUUGAGGACAUGGCUAAGUGCGGUACUUUCACAUCCACAAACUUGCAUGGAGGGAUUCGAAGGGACGAACGGCAUUGUGAAGAGUUUGGUAUCCGCUGGCAUCGGCGAAGUGGUAUCGUUGGUGGAGCAGCUUCUUGCGCAGGUGGUGCCCGUAAACGAUGAAUUUGAAGCCAGCCAGGAGCAAUUUCCUUCGUGGAUUAAACCCAGGGAAAGGAAGCUUCUGCAAUCGAUUGGAGUGACUCCUGAUGUUGUGGUAGCUUUGGAUGGGAGUGGGAACUACGCUAGAAUCAUGGAUGCGGUGCUCGCGGCACCUGAUUAUAGCAUGAAACGAUUUGUGAUUUACAUAAAGAAAGGUGUUUAUUUUGAGAACGUGGAGAUCAAGAAGAAGAAAUGGAACAUCAUGAUGAUUGGAGAUGGGAUGGGCGCCACUGUGAUCUCCGGUAACCGGAGUUUCAUCGACGGUUGGACCACCUUCCGCUCAUCUACAUUCGCUGUGAGUGGCAGAGGGUUCAUAGCAAGAGACGUUUCCUUUCAGAACACGGCAGGGCCUGAGAAGCACCAAGCAGUGGCGCUGAGAUCAGACUCAGAUCUCUCUGUGUUCUACCGAUGUGGGAUUUUCGGUUUCCAAGACAGCCUAUACACCCACACCAUGCGCCAAUUCUUCAGAGAAUGCACAAUAACAGGCACGGUGGACUUCAUCUUCGGCGACGCCACCGCCGUCUUCCAGAACUGCUUAAUACAACCGAAGAAGGGCUUGCCAAAUCAGAAGAACACGAUCACAGCACACGGUAGAAAAGACCCAAAUGAGCCAACGGGUUUCUCAUUCCAGUUCUGCAACAUCACUGCAUAUUCCGACCUUGCACCCGUCGUCAACACCACUCAAACGUAUCUGGGCAGACCCUGGAAGACUUACUCACGAACCGUUUUCAUGCAAUCGUUCAUGAGUGAGGUGAUAAGGGCAGAGGGGUGGUUGGAGUGGAAUGGAAACUUUGCUUUGGAUACAUUGUAUUAUGCAGAGUACCUGAACACUGGGGCAGGUGCUGGCGUGGCGAACCGUGUGAAAUGGACAGGCUACCAUGCAUUCAAUGAUUCAAGCCAGGUGAGUAACUUCACGGUGGCUCAGUUUAUUGAGGGGAAUCUCUGGUUGCCUUCCACUGGAGUAACCUACACUGCUGCAUUCAAACCUUAACGCAACACUGCCACGCUUUCUUACUCUUUUCUACUUACAAUGUAUUCAUGUGGUUCUUUAUGGUUUCUAUCAGAGAAAAAAUAUAGGUGUGUUAAUGCCGAUAUGGGUCCGUCCUCAGUUCAAUUAAUUACGACUUUAUUACUGUUAAUGAUUUGAAUUUUGUGAACGGGAUGGAGACAGUCUUGUGUUGAAUUGCACAACAGUGCAGCACAUGCAGCUUCACCUAAGUUUUAAUGGAGGUGUCAUGUAAUGUUGAUUAAUUUAUUAUUGAUGAUUACGAUCAUUUUUAUCAUAA